AUGGCUGCUCCAACCCCCACCUGGGGCCAGUUGCACAACGAGGCCAACGAAAUUUCCGAGAGUCACCCUCCCCACUACCGCGAGCAGCACGGCCUUGAUGCCCACUCUCCUGCUGAUGACGAGAAGAAGUCGCCCGUUUCGUCGCAGGAGGCUCUCGACAGUCAGCUCCCUGUGACGGGCUACUACGACUCGGAGAAGAAGGCCGUUGCCGGUAUUGAGGACUACGUUUCUGAAGACAUUCACUCUGGCGAGCAGUUCGCUCUUCACUACUUCCCCGAGGAGACCUCGCAGCUCACCAUCCGUGCCCUUGUGGUGGGUACCAUGCUUGGUUGCGUCAUUGCCGCCUCCAACGUCUACCUUGGUCUGAAGACCGGUUUCACUUUCGGUGCCUCGCUCUUCGGUGCCAUUCUUGGUUACUCGAUCAUCAAGCUCAUGCAGAAGGCCCUUCCUGAGAAGCUCGGUGGCGGUUUCUUCGGUCCCCGUGAGAACUGCACUGUCCAGACCGCCGCUACCGCCGCUGGAUCGCUCACGGGCAUGUUUGUCGCCGCCGUUCCCGCCAUGUACCAGCUCGACCUGCUCCACGACCCUCUCAAGGACUUUGGCCGUUUGGUCACGUUCUCGGCUGUCUCGGCCUACUACGGUGUUUUCUUCGCCAUCCCCCUCCGCAAGUUCUACAUUCUCAAGCAGAAGCUCAUCUUCCCUUCGCCCACCGCCACCGCCUUCACUGUGCGAUCGCUCCACGCUCCCGGAGGAGAGCUGACGGCCAAGAAGCAGUCGCGCGCCCUUCUCUACUCUUUCGCCGGCGCCUUCACUUUUGUCGUCGUCAACCAGUACGCGGCGGGUAUCCUGAUGGACUGGCACGUGUUCUACUGGUUAUACAAGUGGGGCUGGAAGAAGGCUCUCGUUGUUGACAACUGGGGUUGGAUCAUUGAGUGGACUCCGGCUUUCCUUGGUGCUGGUAUGCUCUCCGGUAUGAACGCUUCUUACUCUUUCUUUGGCGGAUCCUUCCUCAUGUGGGCCAUGAUCGGCCCCGCCAUCGUUGCUACAGGAGAGGCUCGUGGCCGUAACACUGGUCUGACCGCUGACCCUCCUGAGCCUCUGCGAUGGUCGUACACGUCGAUGAGCUUCGACCCCAGCAAGCAGCCCCUCAACGCCGCCUCGCCACGAUACUGGGGUCUCUGGCCCGGUGUUCUGAUGAUGCUUGCCUACUCGUUCGCCGAGAUUGCGAUGAACGGACCCACCAUCUACCGUGGUGUCCGUGCCGGUGCGAUGGAGCUCUACUGCAACAUCGCUCGCAAGGAGGUUGCCGAGUACGAGGAUGCUAUUCCUGAUCCCGUUGCCAAGCAGGACCAGGUGCCUAUCUGGGCGUGGAGCGGUGGUCUCUUCAUCUCGAUCGUCUGCACUUGCCUUGUCUGUACGCUCCAGUUUGACAUGAACCUCGGCAACGUCAUGCUUGCUAUCAUGCUCGCCUUCAUCUUCUCGUUUGUCGGUGUCCAGGCUUCGGGUGCGACCGACACGAACCCCACGGGCACGCUCGCCAAGGCCUCGCAGCUGAUCGUUGGUGGUGCUCUCCGUGGUCAGGGCAAGACGGGAGCUGCUGGUUUGUUGGAGAACUUGAUCGCUGGUUCGAUCGCCUCCUCGGCUGCUUCGCACGCCGUUGACAUGGUCGGUGAUCUUAAGACUGGUCACCUUCUGCGCGCCAGGCCGCGCAACCAGUUCUGGGCCCAGCUUUUCGGAUCGUUCUGGUCGAUCUUUGUCUCGACUGGUCUCUUUGUGCUCUUCACCAAGGCUUACCCAUGCAUCACCGACGCUUCCGCCGAGGAGUGCCCCUUUGCUGCUCCCGCUGUGUCUGCCUGGAAGGCUGUCGCGGUUGCCGUCAUCUCGCCCAAGCUUCCGGUCAGCUUGUCGUCUGGUUUGACGGCUAUCGCUUUCGCCAUCAUCUCGGUGGUCACAGUGAUGGCCAAGUACACGAUCAUCCCUUCCAAGUACCACGUCUAUGUGCCAAACUGGAACGCUGUUGGUCUCGGCUUCGUUGUUCCUCAGGUGUACUACCCGAUUGCCAUGUGCAUGGGUGCCACGUUGUCGCUCUUCUGGAAGAAGAAGAGCGCUCAGUCGUUCGACUUGCUCGCCUUUGCCAUCGCUGCUGGACUUAUCGCCGGUGAGGGUAUGGCUGGUGUGUUCAACGCUAUCCUUACCAUCGUCGAGGUUGCUGGUAGCUACGUGGGUACCGAUGUUGGUCUCCCUCCCUGGUAA